AUGCCGUCAAUACGAAAGUACAACUCCGGUGACAGCACCGGCUCCAUUCUCAGCAGCAACCACGAGUCCAACAAGGGCCGCCACAGCAGCGUGAUCGAUGCCGUCCCUUUUUCAUCGCAAAGCACCGCUCCCACUUCAAUGAGUGGCUCGCCUCGUCUGCCUGAUAGUGAGCGCAUGCCUUCGUCGCCGGCGCCGCUUUGCCAUGAUCCUCAAGAGGACUUGUCGCCAUCGACAAUGUGCUAUCCUCGCGCGUCGGUGGAUACAUACGUUUCGGGCGCCGAUUCCGACGAGGAACUGGAUCAGCAGCUUCCCGAGAGCGCUCUGGACCUGACUGACGACGACGACGUCUCCAAAGACCACGACUGGUACCACGGCCUGAACAGAUCCGAAGACAGCAUCCCGCCGCUUCCUGAGUAUCGUCAUGACAUCGUUGACAGGAAUGUGUGCCCCGCGACACCCCAAGAAUUUGCGCAACUUUUCCCGAGCCUCGACCGCAUGUCUGUUCGGCACGACGAGUUUACUGCUGACGGCAACAUGAACCUGCGAGUCGAUAUUUCUGUUCCCAUGGGCCGUCGACGCAUUCUCACCUCGUACCAGCUGUUCCACCUACGCAUGUACGACCUGGCGAAGCGUGACUUUUCGCUGCGCCGCUACAGUCGUGACUCGGGCCGCGAGGUGUGCAACUCAAAACUCACGUUCAUUGACCCGUCUGAGAAGAAGCACAAAGUGGGCAGGACCAGCCGGAAGUCGAGCUACGAUGACAACAUGAAGCACUGGGGCCGAAGCAGCACCACAAGCAACACCAGUGGCGGCCAUGCCAAGACUGCCAGCACCGACGUCCGGCCAGCCCUUCAGCGUUCCAUGACAACUGCCCUGCGCUCGCUGGGCGCAAUGGCGACCAUUCCAGCGUUUCGGCGCUCCAACUCGUCGGGAACCGACUACCACCAACAGCGCCCGGCCACAUCCCAUUCACCGUAUGGAAGCAAUCACGCCAGCGAAUACACCACAUCCUCGACACAACCCUCACUGUCCAGCUCUACACCAUCUCUCUUUGGACGAGAAAAGUCCCGGUCUGUGCAUUUCCCACCGCCGCCAAAACCAACAAACACCAUCAAGCUCGAGUUCAGCAACUAUGCCCGCGUCGACCUGGAACUGCGGGGUGGGCAUAACAACGGUCAUGACAACACCCGGUACGAGUUUACAUGGUGGGGCCACAAAUACACAUGGAAAAGGGCCGUGGAGAAGCAUCUCAACGUGGUGUCGUACCACUUACUACGUGACGACAACGGCGAGAACCCCAUUGCCCACAUCGUGCCUGAGAUGCGGUCGCCGAACCAGAUCGAUGCUGACGAGGUGGCUGGCGGCUGGAUUCCACCCUGCCACAUGUGGAUCGCUGAUCCUUCUGUCCUCCAAGUCAUGACGGACGUCGCAGAGUAA